AUGCGCGCCGCCAUGCAGGUUCGCAGUGCCUCUGGCGCGACCGCCGCUCCCCGCGCCUGCGCCGCAGCCGCGCCCAUUGGCCGCGCCCCGCACCCGGCGCGCCGCACCGACCGCUCCUCAGCCGCCGCCACCAGCCCUGCCGGCCGCAGCACGCUAGGUCCCUGGCGCGGCGCGGCCACCGCCAGCGCUCUGAGCGGCGCCCAGCGGCGGCGGUCUGUUGUUGCCGCCGCCACCGGCGGCGGCGGCUACGACUUUGCCAUCGAGACGCUGCCUACAUGGCUGUUGCGAGAGGAGAUGGCGGGUCGGGUGCCGUUUGAUCUGGUGCAGGUCGUGUCGUCCAUCGCGGUGGCGUGCAAGCAAAUCAGCGCCCUGGUGGCGCGCGCCCCCCUAGCCAAGCUGACGGGCGUGGCGGGGGGCUCCAACGCUAGCGGGGACGAGCAGAAGAAGCUCGACGUCAUCGCCAACGACAUCUUCACGGGCGCGGUCGCCAACUGCGGCCGCACCGGCAUCACGGUUUCCGAGGAAGAGGAGGCCCCCAUUGCGGUGGACGUGGUGGCUGGCGGCAACUACAUCGUGGCUUUCGAUCCGAUCGACGGGUCGUCAAACCUGGACGCCUGCAUCAGCAGCGGCUCGAUCUUCGGGAUCUACACCCCAGGGGAGUGCGUGAUCAACGACGAUGACAGCGCUGACGAGGUCUUGGAGAAGUGCGUGACGAACGUGCGCAAGGCCGGCACCGAGCUGGUGGCCGCGGGCUACUGUCUCUACUCCAGUGCGACAGUCCUGGUGCUUACCCUGGGAGACGGGGUGUUCUCCUUCACACUGGAUAGGGGGCUCGGGGAGUUUGUGCUCACGGACAGGUCAGCGGCAGUUUGGCUGCAGUGA